AUGGGUCUCUGUUUCAGCAAGAACAAGGUUCAGGAAACUAUUAAACCAAAUGCUAAUCGGUACGGUCCAAUAGGAAAUGAAGGCGUCGAUGGCGGUGGAGGAUUUGCGGCAAGGCAUCAACAGAGAACUCAGCAACCUAUGGUUCAACAGCCCAAAGCUCCUGACCAGCAAACCCACCCGGUACCUAUAAAGCGGCCAACGCCGGUACAGUCGCCUGCCCCUUCCCCGUUAAAGCAGCCUUCUCCUCAUGCAGUUGUUCACAAGCCAGAUAACAGAGAACUCGAUUGGCCACACUUUUUCCCCAUAUUGUUGCUCCACUGCAAUUUGUUCUGUAAUUCUUUAGGAGGGAUGUAUUUCAAGACAGGAGUUGGGUUUCAGCCACCAAUGCCUCAUUGGCUUGUGUUUCAAGGGACAUUCAUGUGGUCUUGCUUGGAGAAUAACUCCAACAACCAUAGAACUAGAAGAAAAGUCAUAGACUAUCCAAAGAAGAAAAAUCUAACUUUGAAAGCCUCUCAUGCCAUGAUUUUCGGAGAUGAGGAAGAAAAAUCUAACUGGCUUAGCAAAGAGGCUACGUAUCUUAAGACUAUAAAUACCCACCAUGAGGGUAGUGAGAAGAGUAACCAGUACCCCAUUCCGACACAAGCAGCAGCAAUGGAUACCUACAGAGCACACAACCCACUUCUCUUCGUCCUCUUCUUCACCCUUGUCUCAGGCGGUUUGUCACUUACCUUCAAUUUCAAAAACAGCUGUAGUUACACAGUAUGGCCAGGAACAUUAACAGGAGAUAACAAGGCCCAACUCUCUUCAACUGGUUUCGAGUUGGCCUCUGGAGCUACAAGUUCCGUAGAUUUCACGGCUGGUUGGUCAGGCAGGAUCUGGGGUCGAACAUAUUGUUCAUCUACGAGUGGAUUUAAAUGUGAAACCGCAGACUGUGGGUCCAGUCAAGUUUCAUGCAAUGGUGCAGGAGCAAAUCCACCGGCCAGCUUGGUGGAAUUCACUAUUGGAAGUAGCAGUACAGAGAAGGACUUCUACGACAUCAGCCUUGUCGACGGAUUUAACUUGCCAGUCUCGGUGGCUCCACAAGGUGGAACCGGUGAUUGCCAAACGGUGGGAUGUUCAGGUAAUGUGAACUCGGUUUGUCCGUCGGAGUUGAGUGUGACGGGGUCUGAUGGAACCACAAUCGCUUGCAAAAGUGCGUGUGCUGUGUUCGGGACUGACGAGUAUUGUUGCACUGGUGCUUAUAAUACGGCUGAGACUUGUCCACCCACGAGCUACUCCAAAAUCUUCAAGGAACAGUGUCCUGAUGCCUACAGCUACGCAUAUGAUGAUGAGACAAGCACCUUUACUUGCGCUGGUGCUAAUUACCUCAUCACUUUCUGCCCUUAGAAGUAAUCAUUUCAUCAGCUAGCUUGGAAUUCAUUCCAGAAAAUAA